AUGUAUUCCAAGGAAUUUUUUGAGAUUGGUAGUGCUAUGUCAGUUCACUUCUGUCAAAGGAAGAACUCCGAAAGUCCCACUCCCCUGCACAUGAGCCAUAUAUCACUAAUCAGCUUUGUGGCGGAUAGGAAUUUGCUUCAUGCUGCAAAGAUGGAAGUGGAUAAAAUCAUGCUCACGGAUGCACCACUUCUGUUCCCUCCUGGGCGGGUACGAUGCCGUUCAAGCUUCUAG